AUGAAGGCCAAGAGCUCCUGGAAGGAUACAGCCACCAACGUCUUCCACACACUGGUGUCGAGUUGUCUAUACUCCCGACGCUUGUCCACCGAAUACAGUGUCCUCACCACACCUCGACUUCCUCUCGCUUACGAAUGCAUCCAUCAUGCCAUUCUCACUCAUGCUCGACGCCACCCAGGAUGCAGCGCUGUUGUCGACUACACUGGUCAGGAAAUUUCCUAUGGCGAACUCGACCUACUCUCGCGCACACUGGCGACGUCUCUGCAAGCACAAGGCAUAGGGAGGGGGAGCCUCGUCUGCCUUCUAGUCGAACGUUCUAUCGUACAAGUUGUGGCGAUCGUAGCUGUUCUUCGGGCGGGCGCCGCCUACGUUCCUCUAGACGGCGCCACAAUCACUGACCACGCACUCGACGCAGUGGUGGCUGACGCACAGCCAUCCCAUAUACUCUUCUCCGAAUGCUUCAAAGAGCGCACCUCCCGGUUGCCCCACGGGACUUGCUUGGAGACAGCUGUGACCGAGUGUCGCCAGACAAGUCCAACGCCAGGGGCAGCUCCUCGGGACGAUGCCCAGUCAAGUGACCUCGCCUAUGUUAUAUACACAUCUGGAACGACUGGGGUGCCGAAGGGUGUUAUGGUGACUCACAGGAACGUCGUCAAUUUGCUGUGCUCGCACCCCGGCAAUCUAGGCAUAUCAGCUGGAACGCGCGUCGGGCAGCUUUUAAAUGUUGCGUUCGACAUGUGUGCCUGGGAAGUGCUCGGAUGCCUCGCCAACGGUGGGACACUGUACUUGCGUGGCCCUCACCGUUCAGACUGGAUCAAAGUCAUGCGUAGCGUCGAAGUUCUGAUCAGCACACCUUCAAUUCUCAGCGAGCACAGGGCAGAGGACUAUCCGAACAUUCGAGUCGUGGCAACCGCAGGGGAACCGAGUACCCAACAGUUGGCCGACGAGUGGUCGAAGACGGCGGUCUACUACAACUGCUGCGGCCCCACCGAGGUCACUAUUGUGAACACUAUGCACCGCCACGCGCGUGGCGCGCCGCUGACAAUAGGACGGCCGACGCCCAACAACGCGGUAUACGUUCUGGAUGAACAGCUACAGCCCGUUCGGCGCGGUGACACGGGAAUCAUGUGGGCGGGUGGGCUUGGAGUGUGCCGAGGAUACCUCAAUCGACCCGCACUGAACGCAGCAAAGUUUAGGCCCGACCCGUUCCGUAAAGAAAGCGCAAGUAUGUACAACACAGGGGAUCUUGGCCGACUACAAGAAGACGGGGAUCUGGAGCAUAUCGGACGUGUAGAUGAUCAAGUUAAGGUCAAGGGCUUCCGGGUGGAGUUGGAUGGUGUGUCGGCAGCGAUGCGCUCGUGUCCAGGCGUAUCGUCGGCAUGUGCAUUGCUCAUCGGUCAAGAGAUCUACGGGUUCUACACACCUGAGACAGUCCGUCAAGAGGAUGUCCAAGAGGUGACUGCUAGCAUCCAUCCAUGCUACGCCAUUCCGCAGUAUUUUUGUCCGCUCGCAAGCAUGCCGUUGACCAGUAACGGUAAAGUGGACAAGCGCAUGCUCAAUUGUAUGGGCACGCGAAGUAGAUAG